AUUGUUGUACGGACAUUCGUUGUCUACGAGAAACGUAGCACCAGGAUCCAGAAUCAUUGAACAACAUUUAAUAAUCUCUGAAGAUCAUGGAUCCACGUUAACUUCACCUGUUACAAGGUGUUCCUGGGGGAUCGAUGAACCAUUCCUCGCGAAUCUGAGCUCCGUUUGGAUAAAUAGCAGACGAAGAAAAUGAAUCCGUCCGAGUCUCAACAGAAUCUUCUGGCGUCCGAAGGUAGAGCACCGUCUAUGCAAUCCUUGAACCCGCCCACGGACUACAGUCUUGGCCCAGUUGAGAAGCACUUCCUGCUAAGCGCGGAACGAGGUGAUUGUGCCACCGUCAAAAGAUUAUUGGAAGAGAACAAGGAUCAUCCGGAACUCUUGAACAUCGACUGCGUGGACCCGUUGAAUCGAUCCGCAUUGAUUGCCGCUAUUGAGAAUGAAAACAUUGAACUUAUCAAACUGCUUCUUGAACUAGGGAUUCAAGUGAAGGAUGCACUUUUACAUGCCAUAAAGGAAGAAUAUGUAGAAGCUGUGGAGAUCUUACUGGAAUGGGAGGAAAGAACACAUGUGGCUGGACAGCCUUACAGCUGGGAAGCUGUCGACAGGUCAUCGUCAAACUUCACUCCAGAUAUAACACCGCUGAUUUUGGCCGCACACAAAAACAAUUAUGAAAUUUUGAAGAUUCUUCUUGAUCGUGGCGCAACCCUUCCUACUCCUCAUGAUGCAAGAUGCGGUUGCGACGAGUGUGUGACAUCCAGCGAGCAGGACUCUCUGAGACAUUCGCAGGCUCGAAUAAACGCUUAUCGCGCGCUCACCUCACCAUCCUUGAUCGCUUUAUCUUCGAGAGAUCCUCUUUUAACCGCUUUCGAACUUUCAUGGGAAUUACGACGAUUGAGUAAAAUGGAACAAGAGUUUCGUUUCGAGUAUAAUGAGAUGCGAGAGCAAACGCAAAAUUUUGCCACAUCUUUGCUCGACCAUGCUCGUACGUCAUUGGAACUGGAAAUAAUGUUGAAUUACAAUCCUCACGGUGAAAAUUGGGAACCUGGGGAACGUCAAACAUUGGACCGACUUAAACUCGCUAUCAAGUACAAACAGAAACAGUUUGUGGCUCAUCCAAAUGUACAACAAUUAUUGGCUGCUAUUUGGUACGACGGUUUACCCGGCUUCAGAAGAUUGAGCAUGAUCGGGCAAUUCAUAGAAGUCGGUAAACUUGGUGCAAUGUUUCCGGUCUACAGUACAAUCUACAUGAUUUCACCAACGUCGCCGAUGGGUCUUUUUAUGAAGAAGCCUUUCGUUAAAUUCAUCUGUCACUCCUCUUCGUAUGCGUUCUUCCUAAUGCUGCUUGGAAUGGCGUCACAACGUAUCGAGUAUCUGGCAAUUGAAUUAUUUGGGAACGCCUGGCUCCAAGAGAUACUCGCCGAUUGGAAAAGACGAGAGCGUGGAUGCAUUCCUGGCUUCGUCGAAUCCGGUGUCACCAUCUACGUAAUCAGUCUGGUUACUGGGGAAAUGAGAUCGUUAUGGUCAGACGGCUUGUUAGAAUACAUAUCGGAUCUUUGGAACAUAGUGGACUUCAUUCAGAAUAUGUUUUACGUAAUUUGGGUAAUGUUGAGGCUCACCGCUUGGAUAGUAGUUCAAAGGGAAUAUUGGAGCGGUGUAGAUCCUUGGUAUCCUAGGGAUCAAUGGCACGCUUUCGACCCCAUGCUUCUUUCUGAAGGAGCUUUCGCCGCCGGUAUGAUCUUCAGCUUUUUAAAACUCGUCCACAUCUUCAGCGUGAACCCCCACCUUGGACCACUCCAAAUUUCCCUUGGGAGAAUGAUAAUAGACAUUAUCAAGUUCUUCUUCAUCUAUACUUUGGUGCUCUUCGCCUUCGGCUGUGGAAUGAAUCAAUUGAUGUGGUACUAUGCUGAUUUGGAGAAGAUGAAGUGCUACCAUAUGAAAGAUUUUCCAGAUUUACCUGAUUUUGAUAAUCAGGAAAAGGCUUGCUCAAUUUGGAGACGUUUUGCUAAUUUGUUCGAGACAUCGCAGUCGCUUUUCUGGGCCAGUUUCGGUAUGAUAGACCUAAUGUCCUUCGAUUUGACGGGAAUAAAGAGCUUCACGAGAUUCUGGGCACUUCUGAUGUUUGGUUCUUAUUCUGUGAUAAACGUUAUCGUAUUGCUGAACAUGCUUAUUGCCAUGAUGUCCAAUUCUUAUCAAAUUAUCUCGGAAAGAGCCGAUACAGAGUGGAAGUUUGCCAGGAGCCAUUUAUGGAUGAGCUAUUUCGAAGAUGGUGACACAGUACCUCCGCCAUUCAACAUGGUACCCACUGGAAAAACAUUCGACAAAAUCAUUAAAUGUGGCAAAACUGGUCGCCAAACGCGAUCUCUAAUCAAAAAAUCAAGGGAGAAGGCAUUGGCAAGACACGACACAGUGAUGCGAUUACUCAUCAGACGUUACGUAACUGCGGAACAAAGGAAACGAGACGAAUUUGGUAUCACGGAAGACGAUGUAAUGGAAAUUAGACAGGAUAUAUCCACGUUACGAUACGAACUGAUUGAUAUCCUUCGUCAAAACGGAAUGAGGACACCAACGAUUGACAAACAGGAUGCUGCCUUGUCUGGUAAAAAGGGUCGGGUGAUGGAACGCCGUCUCCAGAAGGACUUCCAGAUCGGUAUAGUGGAAGGUAUCGUGAACGCUGUGAUUCAAAACGAGAAGGAACCAAAGGAUGUGUUCACACAAAUCGCCAAGGCGAUUGGCCGAAAGAGCAGCGGAAGUAAGAAGAAAGAUUGGAACGCGGUUGUCCGGAGGAACACGAUCGCGCGUGAUCCUAUUGGUAGCACGACUGAAGAAAGGAUAAAGCAGACGCGGCGUAGUAUUCGUCGACUGAAUCAUCAACCGAAUUCAGAUUUGAGCUCGAUGGACCCGAAUCGUUUGGUGGAUUAUAAUCCGAAUUUGUCCGAGGUGUCACCGACCACGAGAAUCGCCUAUGCCAAGUUCAUGAUGAGACGGAUCAAGUUACCACCGGAAGGCGAGGAAGCAGAAGUAAAGAAAGAAGAUAGCCAAGGUUCUCAACAGGGCAGCAUUCGAAGUGGAGCUGAGCCGGUUCGUCCAAUCCUGAAAAAGAGUUUGUUGAAGUCAAUUAGCAGCGGCAGUUUGGACAAAGCUGCAGCCGCCGAUGGGAAGCCGGAGAUAAGAGCACCUUCACCGAUUCCGGAGGAUCCGAGGGAAGACGAUGCUUCGAAAUCUCCUCAAGCAAAAGCUGCUCUCGCAAAACGAGCUUCCGAAAGAAAACGGGCCCCGAAGAAAGACGAAGAUGAUAAGACAGGUGAAGAUGAAGAAAAGAAGAAAAAGGAAGAGGAAGAGAAGAAGAGGAAGGAAGAAGAAGAGAAAAAGAAGAAAGAAGAAGAGGAGAAGAAGAAGAAGGAGGAAGAGGAAAAGAAGAAGAAGGAAGAGAAUAAGGAGGAAGAGGGAAAGAAGAAGGAAGAGAAUAAGGAAUCGAGCAGCCAAGCAUCAAAACCUGCCCCACAAGAAGAAAACGUUCAGAUAGCCACUACAAAAUUACGAGGAAAAUCGAAAGCAACUGGACAAAUAAUGGGUGGCUGGAUCUAAAAGUAAAUCAAAAUUUUCUUUAGAUACUAUUGGACCAGUUUGCUGAACGAAAGAAACUCAUGAAUCAAAAUCCCACCGAAUUUUCUUACUUUUCCAAAUUCAUUUAUUUCUUCCGCGUAACUUUCUUUUUCACAGAAACAAUAAUAUUAGUUCAA